AUGCACAAUCAAUUACGAAUCCUGAUUCAUUUUGGAUAUGGUCGUAAAGUACUCCGGCAAUUUCAGUUGAAUAUUUUCAAACGAUGGAAAUCCACUUGUCAAAAAGUAUCAUUUGAUAAAACACCUUUGUCAACCAGUUAUCCUCAUUGGGACAUUUUGCACUCAGAAACUGCAUAUAAUCCAGCAUUAGUAGAAAGUCAUAAACUAUGUAAAUCACUAUGGGAUCGUUUAGAUAUUUUCAAUCCAAACACUAUGACUUUAGGGAAUCGCAAUAAAUCUGUGGUUAGUAUGAUUUUGCCGCCUCCGAAUGUCACAGGUUCACUUCAUGUUGGGCAUGCAUUGACAUGUGCUGUUCAAGAUGCAAUUGCUCGUUGGUAA